UCUGCUCUGCCUGGCCGCUCCGCGCUGCUCUCAGCUCCGCUCGGAGUCGUCGCUGUUACCUCUCCACUCAUGCACAGUCAGCCGUAGCUCAUGGACUAGCCGGAGGUCUGCUGGUGGACUGUAUCGGGCUUGAAGCGGACAGGGUGACCCAGGGGAGCAUGGCUGCCAAAGAGGACCUCUACAGUAAAAUCCUCCCUCGGAGGCUCCGACAGAACCGUCCGGGUUCAGUGAAAUGUGGCUCCAAUCUGGACGUGCUGUUGUCCAUGGGCUUCCCCAGACCAAGGGCGCUGAAGGCUCUGGUGUCAACGGGAGGUCGGAGUGUGCAGGCAGCAUGUGACUGGCUCUUUUCCCAUGUGGAUGACCCGUUCCUGGACGACCCGCUGCCCAGGGAGUUUGUCCUCUACCUGCGACCCAGCGGACCCCUACAGAACCAGCUCUCGCACUUCUGGCAGCAGAGCCGGGUCACCUGUGGCAAAAACAAAGCCCACAACAUUUUUCCUCACAUCACCCUCUGCCAGUUCUUCAUGUGUGCGGACCACAAAGUAGAAGCUCUAUGCGAGGCCCUCCUGGCCACCGUCCAGCAGUGGCGGGGCAGAUUUCCCAGCCCGCUGCCUCUAGAGCUCUACACGUCCUCCAACUUCAUCGGUCUUUUUGUGGAGGAGCAGGUGGCCGACAUCCUCAAGCAGUUUGCGGCCGACUUCGCAACAGAGGCCGCCAGGAAGGCAGAGGUCCAUGUGGAGCCUCAUAAGAAGCAGCUCCAUGUAACUCUGGCCUACAACUUCCCCACCAACCACCUCCCGUCGCUGGAGAAACUCGCCAAGGGCAUCGAAGUCAAGCUUGGUUGUGAUUGGCUGGCAGUCCUGUUCUCCCGGGACAUUCGUUUUGCAAACCAUGAGACCCUGCGGGUGAUGUACCCCUACACCCCCCAGAACGAGGAUGAGCUGGAGCUGGUUCCUGGUGAUUUCGUCUUCAUGUCCCCAGUGGAUCAGAGCAGCACCAGUGAGGGCUGGGUGUACGGGACCUCGCUGGCCUCCGGGCUGUCUGGCCUGCUGCCCGAGAACUACGUCAGUCUGGCCGACGAGUCCGACACCUGGGUCUUCCACGGCUCCCAUUCGUUCUUCAGCUGUGGGCCCAGCGACAGGACCAGUAAGGAGAGAGGGAUGUUUGAUGGACUGCUGGACAGCCGACGCCCCGAGAACACCAGUCCUGGAGAUACGCCCACCCUCAGUCUCAUCUGCCAUCCGAUGCAGCAGGUGCUGCGGAUCAGCGGCGGUCACUCUCGGCAGCCGAAGAGGACACUUUUUGUGUGUCGCCACGGCGAGAGGAUGGACGUGGUCUUCGGGAAACACUGGCUCUCACUCUGCUCUGACAGUAAAGGCAGAUAUGUGCGAUCCAAUCUCAACAUGCCUCCCAGUUUGCCGCUGUGGGGAGACAAGAGGGAUUAUGACAUGGACGCUCCCAUCACUGUGGUUGGAUCCACGCAGGCUCGACUAGUGGGUGAGGCCCUGUUAGAGAGUAACACAGUGCUAGACUUUGUGUACUGCUCUCCCUCCCUGCGAUGUGUUCAGACUGCACAGAACAUCCUGCGAGGUCUGCAGCAGGACAGUAAGCUGAAGGUGCGAGUGGAGCCGGGGCUUUUUGAAUGGACCAAGUGGGUUUCUGGGAACUCUCUGCCUGCGUGGAUACCGCCCACUGAACUGGCUGCAGCCCACUUCAGCGUGGACACAACGUACAGACCUCUGAUCCCGGUCAGUAAGCUCACUGUGUCUGAAUCCUACGAGAACUACAUGAGCCGGAGCUACCAAGUGACCAAAGAUAUCCUGUCAGACUGCAAAAACACUGGAAACAACGUGCUGAUUGUAGCCCACGCGUCUUCCUUAGAGGCCUGCACACGCCAGCUGCAGGGCCGCAGCCCACAGAGCGCCAAGGACUUCGUCCAAGUCGUCCGAAAGAUCCCCUACCUGGGCUUCUGCUCCUGUGAGGAGCAGGGAGACACGGGGGUGUGGCAGCUAGUGGACCCUCCCAUCCUCCCCCUCACCCACGGACCAAACCACAGCUUCGACUGGAGGGAGACGCUCCUGCAAGAUUGACGUCCGUCUGAUCCGAACUCCACCGAACCCUGAUUGUGCUGUCCUCCCGUGGACAGCAGCGCCCUCCUCCCCCCCCCCCCCCCCUCGCGAUACUGAAACCUUUUCUCUGUCAGCCUCUCCACACAGCUGCUGGGUCAAGCAGCGACGGGUGAAGAGGCUCCCCCGCCUGAAGAUGAGGAGCCGAGGCCCCAGCCGGCGAAUGGCUGGCCAGCUGAGCGCGUCCCUCUGAGGCCAUGCUCAGAUUUCAUUGUAUCAUUGUGUUUCCUGUAAGAAUGAGGGCGAGUGGGUGUUCGCUGCGCUGUGUGGGAGAGCGCUCACUGAAAUCCAGCCGCUCAUCUCAGUCUCAGAAAAUGUUGUGAAAUAAGCACGUUUCCUGACAGCGCACGCUGAAAAUCAGUCGUGCCAACAUGAAUGUACAUCGUGGAGAACUGUGACAGUGGGUGACGGUUGGUAAUGUGAUGGAGAGCACAAGUGUGCAAGUAUAGCUGCCUUUCUUUAUUUCCCACUGACUCAGGAUGACUCAGCUUUAAUUUUGAACUCAGCAGUGAAAUUUGUUUUCACUGAAAAAUGUCUAAAAAGCUCCCUGAAUAUAAGCCAGACAUCACUAAACUCAGCCACAGAAACCAGUUUACUUGCCUGAAUGUAUCGCCGAGCUAACUCUAAACACCACUGCAUGUUGUCUCCAUCCUUCCUCCAUCCAAGACUUUUAUUUCCCAGUGUGUAAUGCGCCAUCAAGCCUCAGAGGUCGGCAGAGUGUCCACACGUACACAGGUAUUUCUUCAAAUGAAGCUUUUUUUCUCUGUGUUUUGGCUUUUCACACUGGAAACAGAGCUUUUGGAAACUCCAGCCAGGGCGAAUAGUUUCAGACCUUCGUCUCCAGUGUUUACAGAGCUAUUUUGGAACUAAUGACACAGACGUCAGCCUCCUCACUGGGCCUCAUCACUGUCACAUGAAACUGGAGUAUUUGAGUUUGUACAUGAAUGAUGAUAUCAGUAAUACGUAAUGUUUGAAUAAAAACAGGAUUGUGUAGAGAGCAGUCACGUUUUCCUGCCUCGCUCACAGUGUUUUCUGUAACUAAGCAACCGAACAGAAUGUGCCGUCUGCUUCCCGUGUGAAUGGCCUCGUCAUUUUCAUGUUCAGGGGUGUUGGUGUAGUGGUUUUUUUAAAAAUACCUGUGUACGUGCGGACGAGGCCGCGCUGUGUUAAAAAGAGGCCGUUUCCGGUUGGUUCUGGGUCAGUCUGAGCAAAACGUUUGGAUAAUUUGUGUCCACAACAUCUGAUCUGAGUUUGUGCUUAUUUCACAAAGUUGACUGAGACGGUUGAGGAUUUGCGGUGUCAGGGUUUUCACAGCUUUUCCUGCUCAGGCGCCGGCAGCAGUUCCACCUCACCUGAAGACAUGAGUACGUGAAGAAGUACUCAUGUCGACUCUGUGCUCAGCUCCAAGCGCAGGGCUCCUGACCAAGACAAUGCCAACAGGUUCCUUUGUCUGCUGGCCCUCUAUUCAGUCGCUGAGGGGAAACAGUGCUGGCUUCAGGUCCCCGUCAGGGGCUCCCCCCCCCCCCCCCCCACGCAAUGUGGCCCCACAUGUUUUUCUGAUUCGGUGCCACGUGUAGCAGAUCCCGUACAGCGACGUCCUGGACGUGUCGUGUCUGUAAAAACUGAAAUCAGCACAACCUGCACUAUCGACAAUCAUACUGUAGCUUCUUGAUUCUGGUCCAGCACAUUUUUUUAGCGUGUGAAAUGUUGGUAAUGUUGUGUUAGGGUUCAGAGUAGCUGUAAAUAAUCCUAUUUUAACAAAAGUCUUCCAGUCGCAUUUUUUUUUUUCUUUUUGUAUUUAUUUGUUUAACUUUUCUUUCCAGAUGUUCCAAGCAAAAAGUAUUUAAAGAAAAGAGCAUCAUCACUUUCAACAGCAUGCAAGAACCUCUGCUCUGUAUCUCAGGUGUUGACUGCAUUUAAAACACACAUAUGCAGCUUUGAAUCGUUUCAUUGGGUGACUGUGUAGUUGUGAGAACCUCCUGGAAUUAAAGCGAUGUCUUCCUGAUGAACUGACUGCACAGAAGCGGACGCUGUGAGCUGCAUCACUCGUCGGCAGAAAUGGGAAGAUCGCCCGGACGUACGUCACACGUGGAACUUAUUAAGAAAUCAUAAAAGUUGCAUGUUUUGAACUUCUCAGAAAAACAGCUCUCGUCAGAGCCUCAUUUAUGAAUCCUUCUCCGUUGUUUUCAGUGAUAUGUCAUCAUGUGGAGAAAUGAUGAUGUGCCUGUCUGUGAUGGCAGGGGCUUUGUAUUCAGAGUGCGCCAGUACGGCUCUCUCAUAACGUGUAUGUCAAAAUUUCAGCAAGGUUUCAACCCAAAAGUACACCGAUCUUAUCAACUCACACCGAAAAGUGUUGCUGUAACGGAGACCUUCCAUCACGACUCAUCAGAUCCUGUAUUUGAUUCAUUGAAAGAGCUCUGGAGUAGAUUUUGGUCACUUCACCCAACAAAUUAAAGAUCAAUUGUGAAAUACAAGAUUCCUUUUUUAAUUCCUAAUGUGUCAUUAAAUAUGUCAUGACGAGGUG